UUUCACCAUGGUGCCAUCAUUCUGCUCAACACAAGUCUCUGCCAGGCUCUGUCCCUUAGACCUGAUGGGAGCUGCAGUGGAGCAGGUCAGCAGCAGCAGGAAUCCUACUGGAAGGUGCAUAAAAUUGGCUCCGGACUCUGCAUGUUUGAAAGUGUGAAAAAACCAAGAAUGUAUCUGAAGAUCAAAGAUGACCAGUGUGAUGGAACAGGCACAGGUGAUGAAUACUGUCAUUUUAAAAUUGAGAAUAAUUUGGAAACUGGAUCUGUGAGUCUGGAAUCAGUGCGAAAUAAAGGGAUAUAUGUCGGUCUUCUGCCAGAUGGCCAGACUAAACCAGUUGUUAACACUGGGGAGAGAAAUAUCUUCUUCUACCCACAGGUCAUCAAAUUUGGCCGGGAAAAGCCUAUGGGAACAUCUGCAGCACCCAAAGAAGAGAAGAAAGAGUUCAGAGAAUCUCCAUUCCAACCAGAAAAAGCCCAGGAGCCAGAACCUCAAAGGUCUUCAACUCCCCCACCCUCAAAGGAAAUGAGAAAUCCCCAAGGUGGUGAGUGUCCCCUUCCUUCAGAUGAUGAAUGGAAAGUGUCAAUACUGACAGGAAAUGCGGGAACUGAAGCAAGUGUUGCUCUUUGGAUAUAUGGAGACAGAGGAUUAACUGGACCAAUAACUCUUGGCAAGGACAACAGGAAGCAGAUGUUUUUUCCCAGGCAGGAAGAUGAAUUUCAGGUUAAAAUGAACAACAUUGGGAAUAUCUACAAGAUAAGAAUUGAACUUGAUGGAUUACCAAAUGAACAAUCCGAGUGGAACUUACAAAGGGUGAUAUUGCAACAUCUAAAGAGCAAGAAAACAGUGAAUUUUCCAGCCAACACAUGGUUAUCAAAGAGUCGUGAUGAUAGAGAAUUUCUGUGUGAACUUCCAGUAGUGGAAGCUGGAAAACCUAUCUAUCCAAUUGUUUUAUACCAUGUUUAUGUUCACACUGGUGACUUGGAGCAAGCUGGUACAGAUUCUGAAGUUUAUUUGUGCAUCUAUGGAAAAAGAGGGGAUUCUGGUCUAAGACUUCUGCAUAAAACUGGUGUACCAGUGACAUUUCAGAGAGGAAUGGUGAGUGUUUUUGAAGUGGAAGCUGUAUCUCUGGGGAAGCUGCAGAAGGUGCUGUUGCGCUGUGAGGCCAGUAGCAAGUCCCAACAUUGGUAUUGUGAUAAAGUCAUUGUCAGAGAAGCCGAGAACAACUCAGAAUAUGUUUUCAAUUGUGAAAGGUGGCUUCCAUUUAUGUCUCAAGGUAUAAUCCAUUCAGAAAUUGAGCUGUACCCUCAAGAAGGAGAGUGGAAGAUAACUGUAGUCACUGGGGACUUUGAAACAGCUGGCACAACAGCAACAGUACUCCUUUAUGCUUAUGGAGGAAACAAAGCUUCUGGUCCUAUUCUUUUGGGAUCUGGGAAACAGCAGCUGUUUAAUCCCAAGAGUGAAGAUACAUUUAAGAUUAAUCUCAGAGAUCUUGGGCAGCUAUAUAAAAUCCGCAUUGGCCACGACAACACUGGAAAUGAUCCCAGCUGGUACCUGAAGGAAGUCAGACUUGAAAGAACAGUCCCUCUUUCUGAUGAAGAGAUUUGUCUCCCUGUAGAGAGCUGGCUUUCUGAAGACAAGGAUGAAGGUGAUACGUGGAGAGAAGUGGCAGUAAGAAGCCCUGCAGAGGAGCUCUUGCCAUUGUUGGUGUAUGAGGUCCAUGUAUACACAGGGGCUAAACUUGGUGCUGAAACAGAUUCCAACGUUUAUAUCAACCUCAUUGGGACAAGAGGAGAUGCUGGAAAAAGGAAGCUCCAUAGAUCUAAGAAUAAUAAUGUUAAGUUUCGACAUGGACAGAUGGAUAUUUUCUGCAUAAAAGCUGUCUCACUGGGAGACUUGGAGAAAGUUCUGAUUAGCCAUGAUGGAUCUGGUCCAGGCAGUGGAUGGUUCCUGGAUAAGAUUGUCAUCAAAUAUAAAGAAGGAGAGGAAGAUCAGGAGGUUGUAUUUCCUUGUAAUAGAUGGUUAGAUGAAUAUCAAGAUGAUGGGAAAACAGAGAGGGAGCUAACCGCCAAUAAGGAUGGCAGUCCAAUGAGGACAUCCCUUAAAGCACAAUGGUGGAGAGUGCAGGUUAAAACAGAUGGAGAUUCCCCAGAGCCACAGGAGUGUAAAAGGACCCUUGUGAUUUAUGGAUCAAGGGGCAAAAGUGAUGAGCUUCUGCUUUCUCCACAAACCCCAGGACAUGUCUGUUUUCUCCCCAGAGCAACUGAUGAAUUCAUCGUUGAGACUGGAGAUCUGGGAGAUGUAUACAAGAUUCGAGUCAGCUGUGAUGAUGUGCCAGGCUUUAAGGGCUGGCAUGUGAAGUCUUUUCACUUACAAGAGUGGAAUACAAAACAAGAACUGAACUUCGAGUGUAACUGCUGGCUAGCUCUUAACAGAGAGGAUAAGGAGAUGGUAAAGGAAUUCCCUGCAGUCACUGAGGACCAGAAAACUUUACCAGUCUAUAAGUACGUUGUUUCUGUACAUAUCGGCGACCGCUGGGGAGCAGAGACUUUUGCUAAUGUUUAUAUCACCCUCUAUGGCAAAAGAGGGGACACAGGUGUGAGGAAACUUCAUACAUCUUUAAUGAAAGGAAGAAAAUUUCAAAGAAAUAAGGUGGAUUCAUUUUUAGUGGAGGCUGUUUCUCUGAGUCAUUUGCAAAAAGUGGUCAUAGGACAUGAUGGAGAAGGCUAUGGGGCAGGAAUGUAUCUCAAGAUGGUAACAGUCAAGGAAUCACAAGAUUCAGACAAAGAAUGGGUCUUUCCACUGUGGAACUGGCUCGACACUCAUCUGGGCUUAUGUGAGACUGUUUGUGAGAUUGUAACUGUUGGUAGAAGGUCAGCUCUUAGUCCUAAACUGCCUGAAAUCAACAUGAAGCCAUCAGGUCUCUGGGUAAUGGAUAUCACUGGAUCUGACUUGAGUGGUGAAGAGGAUCCAAUACGCCUUUCUUUUAUCUUCUACGGCAACCUGAGUCACAAAAAGUUGUCACUUCAAGUCACAGGGAAAGCAAUUCAGAUCAAAGAUGAACUGGCAGAUAUUGGCUCCAUAUACAAAGUUCAGGUAACUGGCCCACACAGUGAGCUGAAACAGCCAUGGCAUUUAGAUUUACUGCAUAUGAAGCACACAGGCACAAAGGAAGAGAUGGAUUUAGCUUUUGACUGCUGGUUCAACCCUAAGGAAGACAAAUGUGUGGAGCUGCCAGCUCUCUAUGCAGAUCAGGAGCCUUUGCCUGUUGUGGAAUAUGAAAUCCAUUUGCACACGGGAGACUUGAAGAAGGCAGAUGCCACUGGAGAGGUUUAUCUUCGUAUACAAGGAGAAAAAAGUGACUCGGGGAAGCGAUGGCUUAACUCGAAAAACAGCCUGAUCACUUUUGCUAGAGGGCAGGUGGAUAUUUUCAAAAUAAAAUCUGUAUACCUUGGCAAGUUGAAUGAAGUUCACGUUGGAUUUAAAAGUCUAAGAAAAGAUGGGUGGUUUUUGGAAAAAAUUGUUAUAAAAGAAGUCUUCUACCCUUUUUCUGCACAUGUUUUUUUUCACAAUGGCUGGAUCAAUAAACGCACCAAUGAAGAUUUUAUAGAAGUUGCAAUUCCUCUCAAAGAAACAUCUGUUACAUGUCUUCCCACCGAAACUCUAGAAACGAAAAGUAGAGGACGAUGGCAAACAUGGGUGCACUGCACGCAAGUACCAGAAGAUGUUCCUAACAUUCAAGUUGUUGCAUUUGGAAGAAAAGGGAAAUCCCCAGCACAGAAAGUUCAAAAUCUAAGUGAUACUCCCUUUUUGUUGACCUUUGGUGAUAUUGGAGAUAUAACAAAAGUCUCCUUUGUGUUAUGUGGUCCAUCCUUGAGAAGAGGAAUUAAGCUUGACAAGCUUCGGCUAAAAGACCUGGACACUAAACAAGAGCUGGGCUUUCACACUGAAGCCUCAUGUCUGUUUGGAGAAGAUGGAUCUGAGAUCGUGACAGAGCUUGCUGCUGUCAGGCCGGACCAGCCACCACUCAGGGAAGUUCUUUACUUGAUCAACAUCCAUACAGGAACACUGCCUGCAUCAGGAACUGAUGCAGAUGUAUUUAUCACAGUAUUUGGAGAGUGGGGAGAUUCCUGCAAAAGGAGACUAGGGCACUCACAUUUUGAAAGAGGGAAGGUUUGUAUGUCUGAAAUGAGAGCAGUAGACCUUGGACAGUUGAGCAAAGUGCUUGUGGAGCACCAUAAUGUGGGUUAUGGAGCUGGAUGGUACCUGGACCAAAUUGUCAUCCAGGAAUCAGGCAAGACUGAUGAACAAUAUGUAUUUCUUUGCCAGCAAUGGUUAGACAGUGGAGUUGGUGAUGCACAGACGGAACGAACAUUGAAACUUCUUGGAAAAGUCAGGAAUGGAAUGUUGACAGGAAAGAUUUAUGGGAUUUGGGAUGUCCACGUCACAACUAGUGAUAUUUCUUCUAGUUCCAUGAACCCUAAAAUGUCUCUAACUGUAUGUGGUGAAAAAGGAACUUGUACUUCAGUCAUAUUCCCCAAAGGAUCCCUUAAAAAAGAGCAGAUUUAUGAGACUUCUAUUGAACUAAGUAAGAAAUUUAAUACCAUAUUCAAAGUUCGCCUAGAAAUUGAAGAAGCUGGAGAAGGAGAGACUUGGCAUUGCCAUAAGGUAAAGCUUCAACACAGAGAAACUAAAAAUGUUCUAGAAUUCCCAUUUUGUCAUAACUUUGCUGAUGAAGAAGGAGGAAGAGUGACUGAACUUCCAGUCCUCACAGCUGGGUCCCCUUUUCCAGCAGUGAAAAUCUAUGUUCUCCACAUCACCACAGGAGCUGACCCUGGGUCAGGCACAGAUUCAGAUGUGUAUGUCAUACUGCAAGGCUCCUUGGGAGAUACUGGGAGAAGAAAGUUAACUAGGAAAGGAGAUGGAAAUUUUACUAAAGGAAAGGUGGAUACUUUUAAAGUGGAGGCAGUAGAUAUUGGUAUUCUGCAAAGGAUGGUUGUUGAAAAAGGGAGAGGCUCUGACUGGCUUCUGGAGAAGAUUAUUGUGAAAGAGUCAACAUCUUCAGGGACAGAAACACUGUUUAUGGCUCAAACAUGGCUUAAAGACAGACGUGAUGGAAAAAGAUCUGCCUCAGUAACUCUGGAUGCCACAGAAGUUCAGGAGAGGAGGAGUACAUCUUCCUGGCCUUUAGGAAGACAGCAAAUGAAUUCAGAAGGCAAAUGGAGGAUAUAUUUCAAAAAGCAUCAAGAAGAAACAAAAUCAGAAUUUGAAAAGUUGUCAGAAAAUAUAUCCAAGAUGGUUAUGGUUUUUUAUGGAAGCAACGGCAAGUCAAAUCCAGUUUCCAUGGAAAACAAAGUGGAGCAUCAAAUUGAGAACCAAAUAACAUAUGAUAUACAUUUGCCAUCCGAUUUGGGAAUGCUUUAUAAAGUGAGACUUGGUCUCCAGAGUUUGGAAAACAACGUAUCCCGGCUGUCUCUUUGUCACUUUAAAAUACAGAACACAUCAACCCUGGAUACCUUUAGUCUCACCAUAAAUAAAACACUUCCUCUUUCUCCUAAUGGAGACAGGUGGAUUGAAUUCCCUAUACAGUGGCCAUUAAAAGAAGCACUUUCUGUGGUUACAUAUCAUCUAACAGUAUUUUCAAGAAAUAUUUUGAAUGAGAGAAAUUUAGUGAAUAUGACUGUGUGUAUAUAUGGUACUCGUGGUGACACAGGGGACAGAUCCCUUCUCCAGUCAUUGCAGGAUGUACAGCAGGGAGAGAAAAAUGAGUCAUUUCUAGUUAUCAUGGAGGCUGUUGACUUGGGAGAACUGGAAAAAAUUGUUCUUUUGAUCAGCAGUAAAACAGACUGCAAACUGGGCAUUAAAAAACUGCAUGUGCAAGAAGCUGCAAAGGACCAUCCCACCUAUGUAUUUGAAGUGAAUGAAGAAUUUUCUGUGAAUGCAAAUAAGCCCAAAAUGCAGAGAGAAAUCCUGAGAUCUUUUGUUUUCAGAGGAGAGAAACAAAAAAAUGACAUAGAUAACAACUUAAAUAAAGAAGAAAGUCAAGUAAAAAAUUUGACAGAGUAUACUAUUAAGGUGUACACAGGUGACAAAAGGGGAGCAGGGACUGAUGCCAAUGUGCAUAUUAUUUUAUGUGGGAGUGAGGACAAAUCUGAGGUAUUUCAACUCUCUCAGUCACUGGAGCAUCAAAACCCCUUUGAAAGAGGAAAGGUUGACACAUUCAAGAUUAAGACGAAAAAAUUAGGCAGCCUACGUUCAAUUGAAAUUGGCCACGAUGGGAAAGGAUUUGCAAGUGGCUGGUUUCUAGAAAAAGUGGAAAUCACAGAUGCAGCUAGGAAUUCAAUGCAUUGCUUCAACUGUAACAGGUGGCUUGCUGAAGAUGAAAGUGAUGGCCUCACCACAGUGCAGCUUUAUCCACAGCUGCUUGAUUUCUGAUUCUUUCCAAGUGUGAUGCUUCUCCAAAUUCAUGCUGAUUUGAUUUACUUAUCUUUUGCAAUUCUAAAGGCAUUGUAAUUAUUGUGAAGAAAAGUCAAAACAAUGUAUUAAAAACAUCAUGGUAAAUUAAAUAUGUCUAAUGUGAACACAGAAUUCUGAUCCUAUUAUAGAUGCUCAAAAACUUUGCAUGACAGAAAUGUAGAUAUCAGAAACUUUUAUCUGUAACAUGACUGUGGACUUGAACUGAGAAAUCAUAAUGGUAGACAUAUGUAGUAACAUAUUCAAAUAUUUUUGUUUCAGUAGUGAUUUGUGGUUAAACUAAAUUUAAUUCACUUCAAAUCUGUCAGUAUGUAUUAUUAAUUUGAUGAUUUUUUUUUCAUUUUCAACAUUUAUUAAAAUUUAGAUUUUCUCAAAAUCAUUUUCCAAACAAACUGCACAACCCUUCAGCCUUAAUAUAUAUUGCUUUUCUUAAGACCCUAACAGAACGUAAUAAGGAUCUUGUUAUUCAGAAGUUCACCCUGUGUCGCUAAGCCUCUCACUGACAUUUGAUUGUAAAAUCUUGUAGCUGAGCCAGAACCUCAGCUGUGAACCUUUAGAUCCAAAGGGUCUCUUAAGAGAGGCUGUUAUCAGUAACACUGCAAUAGCUUAGGCAGGCUUAGGCAGCUCCCUGCUCAGCUUGAUGAUUUUUGCAGUGCCUCUCCUUAGCUAUCAAACCAGAUUUCCAAUACAUGUGUGAAUGCCUUUAGGUCAGAGAAAAACAAAAAAAAAAACCCGUUUAUUUUUGCAAAUGCACACUAGAAAAAAAAAUAAUGUAUUUAGCUAUACAUGCACAAAUUAAUGUUUGAUCUGGGCUUUGAUAUUGCCAGAAUUGACUCAGGAAGGGUUUAGGAUACAGACAAGUCUGAAAUGAAAUCAGGACUUGCACACCACCUGAAGUUUAAUGUGUGUGAUCAAAAUACAAAUAUUUUAUAUGAGCUAUAUAAGGCAUUCCUCUCAAUCAAAGACUUCACCUUUUGUACCUUCAAAAUCUAAAAUCAUUCUGAAGAUCAGAAUUUUAGACUUGUUUCACCCUUGAGACACUACCAUGUUCUGUAGCAGCAAUGGGCUUUAUAUAAUUAUAAGAAAUAAAUGAGUUUGUAAUCUGUGUUGAUAAAAUACUCUCUGGCUGUCUUUUUAGCAUGUUUAAUGUUUAUUUAAUCACAUUAUUCUGUGAAAUUAGGACAAUUGGCUAAUCAUGGGUCAUGAGAUCUCAGUUGUUACUUUGACACAAAAAAAAUAAUAAAUUCCUAUAUUUGGCCUUGGUAGGUAAUAUAACUUUUAAAUAAAAUUUUUAUCUACUUAUGUCAUCGAAAGAACAACUAUUUUAAGGUGUGGAUGUGGUCAGUAUGAACAAUGGAACACUCGAAUUCUUUCUUUUUUUCUGCUCACAGUACUACCACUCACUGGAAUGGAUUUGAAAUUGUAUCCCCAGAGCCCACAGUUCACUUAGUUGGUAUCAGUAUUCAUUACACUGAAUCACUUUGAUGUCAUCUAUUAUGUGAUUUGUUUCAUUAUCAUGUGUUUCAUUAAUAGUUUGUAAUACUAGCUCACUUUGAUGCCAUUUCUGAUUUAUCUAGUGUAAAUAAUGCCUUCCUAAUCUGUUUUUCUUUACUAACAGUGGAUACCCUUCUUCUGCAGCUGCCUUCCAUACUUGAAAAUUAUCUUCUCUACCUAUACAGUGUCCAAAUCAGGUUUUGGAUUUCUUUCCCUGGACUCAGAGCUGUGUAUACAGCUCUCUAACUCUUUCAAUAACAGGACCAGCAAUGCAGAGGGCUUCAUUUCAAGAGCAUCACGGGUGCUUGCAGCACAAUACCAGGGGAUUACACUUUGAUAAGAAAAUGUGAAAUACCAUAUAACCCCAGCUAAGGUCUUACUUGGAAGACAUGCCAGUGAGCAUAUUUAGCUUGUGAGUAGUGCCAAAUUCCAAACGUGCUUCUUCCACAUGGUACACACUGAUGUGUGCUGUGUUUGGCACAGGAGUCACUUAAUCUGUGUCCCUUGCCAGUGGGGUGAUUUUUGGAAAAAUUGCUGGCCAAAGACACAGACAUUACAAAGGUGCCUCUUCAUGUGCACACUGCUGUUCCUAAACAGCAAGGGUGCUGCCCUGCUUUUUAUCUCCCAACACCCUGCCUUGCCUAUGGACAGCCUGGGGAGAUAUUGACACUAUUGAUGCUUCCAUGGGAAACAGAGAUGUAGCACGGAAAAGAGACUGCCUGGGCCAACAAGUAAUCCAGGAAUUUGACAUGAAAAAAAGUCUUUGAAGGAACAGUGAGAUAACUCAAUCAGCUGGAGGAGGCAAGGUUGUAGUGGAGAGAAGGGUUUGACUUCUACUGCCUCUCUCUGUUGCAACUUGACUGAAGAUCUGUGAAAGAAGGCAGGCUAGAUUUUGCUGCAAUUAUUAUUAGGCAUUUGCUUAUGGACUGCUUCAGACAAAGCCUGAAGCUGGGUGCUAAAAUAUUUACCCCAUAGACCAUAUUAUAGACUCUUAAACAAAACUGAGUCUUAAAAUGUCCAUUAGAGUCCAGUUAACUCUUUUUUUCCUCAUCUUUCUCUCCUGGUGUGCUGUUAUAUCUAUUAUUAGAUUGAUCUAGAUGAUAUGUUUCUGCCCUUUUAAGCCCUUAAGUGUCUCAGUUUCCUUUGCUGCUGAUGUUAAAGGUUUAAAAAAAUAUAUAAUCAUGUUCUGACUGGCUCAUUGGACCAUUUAAUAUUCUCCCAUCCACUCCAAGUACUGUUUUUCUGAAACUUAUCAUACAGAAGAAAGGAUUCCUUCCUUUUAAGUACAUACGAGCAGUUUUAUUGCACCUGUCCAUCCUGUAGUGGCAGUUGUGGAAAUGGCAUGAGAAUAAGAAAAAAGGAAGUACCAAGUGCUCCUUUGAGUUCCUUUAUUCAUCUUGGAUGAAUGCCAUCUAGUCCUUCAUUGUUAGUAUUUAUAAAUGUCUUUGUAAAUAUAAACAACCUCUGUUCAUAUAUCUGUCUGAACUGGUCCUUUGCACUUCUCCAUGAAGAAAGGCAGUAGACUGAAAAAGUUCAUAAAAUCCUCUGUACUUAGCAGUACUGUCACAACUUCCUGUGCUGUGGCUAAACUCUUUUUCUUUUGCUUAGAGAAGGGGAAAGAAAAUGGGACUUUAAAUAGUUUUUUUUCAAAUUUUUGAAAAUUCUUAAUUACAUCUUACAGUGUCAGAAGGCAUGUUAAUAUUUCCUUAGGCAUUUAAUAAAUGCUUUUCCCAUGUAUCAUAAAAUGUGAUGUGCAUGGUAGUUGGUUGGUUUUUGCUUUCACAAUAGCAGCAAGAGUUGUCAGCAUUGUACAAGGCUGCAAACCUACUUCCUUACUGUCUUCCUAUAUCUGUCUUCUGCUAUCAUUCCUUAUAUAUGUAUGUCUAUCUUUGAUUAUAUAUUUAAAAACAACUUGAAAGGUGAGCAACAUCCAUUUCUAAAUAAUAGAUGUAAAUUUAAGAAAUUCUGAGUUAAAUCUUAAAAAAAAACCCCAAUAAAUAAUUUCUUCUUUCACAGGUAAUUUAAAAAUCCAUAUGCUAUCUUCAAAGCAUGGCCAUUCUCUAUCUACUUAAACCUGGAAUCUAUCUAUCUGGAGUGUACAGUUGAAUCUAUUUAUAUGUUUCUAAUGUUGAGGCAUUCUGGAAAAAUAAUAAAACAAACUACAGCCACAGUUCACCAUGAAAUUUAAGUAUGUGCCUAAAAUGUGUUUGCCUAAACAAUAAGGAUAUAAUAAUCAUUCCCACUGCUCUGAUUUAUAGUCUUCCUUAAUUUAGGCAUACACCUAAGAACCCCACUAGGUCUUUUCCUUUGAGAUCUCAUGUGCUGGGGGUGUGUGUGUGUGUGUGUG